AUGGGGAACGAGGCAAGGGUCGGCAGAUCCGAGCUGGCCCUUGCCGCUGGCACAGCCGUCAACGCCGUCUUCGCAUACUCGUUUGUGACGGCAUGGCGGCGGAAGGGUGCACCCUUUGUGCCAUCGGCGCAGGCCAAGAUUGACGCCAUUUUUGGCAGGGGUGGCGUGCUGCAAAGCCAUGUGCGGAGAAGGCAGCACGCUGUGGAUUUGGGCAGCGGCGGCGGCGCGUUCGUGCGCGCUGCGGUGCGAAACGGCCACUUUGCUCGAGCGACGGGCUACGAGCUCAAUCCUGCUCUCGUCCUAUUUGCGCGCAUGCAGUCUGUCCUCGCCCGUGGUGAGCACUUUCGUCUCUGCUCCCUGUGGGACGCGGACCUCUCCGACGCGGACCUGGUUUUUGUGUACGGCGUGCCGUCCAUCAUGGUCGCCCUCGAGGCGAAGCUGACGCGAGAGCUGCCAGUCGACGCCGUCGUUGUCUCCAACCUGUUUCGCUUCCCUGACGUCGAAAAUGGCCGGACCACAGCGCUCGUCGAGGAGGCCUCGCAGUGGGUGGACGCAGGGCUUCAGAACCUCUCGAUGGAUGACUCAGGGAUGCUCUUCGUCUAUCGGCACCGAGCCAAGAGCAGUGAGUGA